UAUUUAAUGAUUUGCAUAUUCAAUGCAAUAAUUAUGAAGAACAAUCUUCGGAUUCCUGCAUUUUACAUGAAAAUAAUACUCAGAGAUCCCUUUUAGAGUUGGAAGAAGAACUUAAAAAUACUGUAGCUACUCAAACUAUAGAAGAGAAAACCAUUGACAGCAAGAUUGAAUCUUUGCAUAAAGAAAAUAAGCAAUUAAAGGAAGAAUUGUCUAAAGUAAAAAAAAUUGCUGACAGAAUGUUUCGACAAAAUAAAGUGCUACAAAACAGCAAUAAACGAAUGCAUAAAGAACUUAGUAUUUCUAAAAAUGUUAAAAGAAAAAAUGUAAGAGGAUUAUCGAAUAUUUUUUCUAAAAAUAUGACAAAGGCAUGUGAUACAAAUGUAAAUAAAAAAUUAUGGAGACCUGAAGCUGUGAGGCAAGCAUUAAUUUUAAAAGUGAAAUGUGGUUCAUCUGGAUACAAUGAAGUAAGAAAGCACUUUUCCAUACCGAGUCUUCGGACGCUUCAACGUAGAAUAGAACAUAUCGAAUUCCGACCUGGCAUUUUUGAAGAAGUGUUCAAUUACCUUGCUAAUGAGAUUCCGCAUCAUCGAGAAGAAUGGAAAGAUUGUGUUAUAGCAUUCGAUGAAAUGUCAAUUGAGCCAAGAGUAAUGUUCGAUCCCAGUAUAAAAGAAUUUAUUGGUAGAGCUACUCUUAGUUCUCAUUCAGGUAUUGCUAAUAAAGCUUUGCUUUUUGUUCUGCGUGGAGUAACUUUUAAAUGGAAACAGAGUGUCUGUUUCCACUUAACUAGUUCUAAAGCUAAUGAUGCAAAGGAUGGUGCUACAGGACAAGCUUAUUCAAAUAUAAUAAGAAAUAUUAUAGAACAUUCUGAAAAGAUUGGGCUGCGUGUGCAUUGUAUUGUAAGUGAUAUGGGAUCUGAUAAUAGGAGCAUGUGGAAGACAUUUGGUAUCACGGCAAGCCGAUUUGAAGUAAAAUGUAGUAUACCUCAUCCUAUUAGACCUUCUUGUCGGUUAUACAUAAUGGCAGAUGUCCCUCAUUUAUUCAAAGCGAUUAGAUCAAUGAUUAUUAAUAAUAAAAUUGUUUAUCUUCCACAAGACAUUGUAGAAUAUAACAAUCUGCCUUCAAAUGAAGUAAAAUUUACUCAUUUUGAGGAAUUGCUCAAUUCUGAAGCAACUUUAGAACUCAAAGUUGCUUUUCGACUGAAAAAAGAGAAUUUGGGCAAAAGCCACUUUAAUGGAAUGAAAGUUGCAACUGCCAAAUCUAUCUUCUGCAACCGAACAGCUUCUGGGCUUCAACUUUUGGCAUUUACAAAAGGAGAUCCUUCAUAUGUAACGACUGCUUGGUUUGUUUCUCUCAUCAAUCGAUGGUUUGAAUUAAUGACUUCAAGACGUCAUGUUGUUGCAUUAAGUAAAA